CAAGGUCGUUGCCAUAUCAAGAAAUGGUGCAAUGAAUGUGAAUCAGUUUGGUCUUCCUUGUGUGCCAUAUCUAACAUUUUCACAAUGUGUAUUGCAAAAUCAACAUGAACGAAUUGCACAUGUACCCACACAGAAUUGUAUGAAGUAUGACUUAUGUAGAACUGAAACUCCUACAGAACUACUUCAGAAAACAAAAACAAUAGGAAAGUCUGUGAAGACACUUAGGCAGUGGAAGCAUUCUAAAAAUAUUUCUAAUUCGGGCGAUUCUUCAAGGAAAAAAGGAUUUAUAUUCAAAUUAUUAUGUUAUAAUGUAUUGGCUCAAUCACUUUUAGAAGAACAUCCUUAUUUGUACCAAGAACAUGUGCAAGAAAAUUUAAAAUGGAAGAGACGAUGGAAAAACUUAAAACAGGAAAUUACUGAACAGGAUCCAGAUAUAAUUUGCAUGCAAGAAGUUCAAGAAACACAUCUUACAGAUUACUUUAAUAUCACCUUUGAUAGUUUAGGAUACAAAAGUUUGUACAAAAAAAGAACGGGAUAUAAAGUGGAUGGGUGUGCAAUAUUUUGGAAAAAUGACAUAUUGGACCUUCUAGAAUAUGAAACUGUAGAAUUCAAUCAGAAUCAUAGCACAGCUAUUGAUCGCGAUAACGUUGCUAUCAUAGCAAAGUUUGUGCCGCGAUUGUACCCAAAGGCUGAGUUUAUAGUAGCUACAACUCAUUUACUUUACAAUCCAAGACGAGAAGACAUACGUAUGGCCCAAGUACAACUCUUAUUAACUGAGCUAGAUAGACUGGCUUAUAAGUUAAAAUGUAAAGAUGAAAAUGAUACCUAUAAGUAUGUACCUGUAAUAUUGACUGGAGACUUUAAUACACAACCAUUUUCACCUGUAUAUGAACUUAUAACAUCAGGAAAAUUUGAAUACCAAUAUCAUCAUCUUUUCAUGAAGAACCGCCUUCUAUCACCACAUUUAGGAAUUACAGAUACUUGUCAACACAUUGAAAUACUAAAAAAGAGAAUGUCUAAGGAACCAGGCAAUGCAAGUGAUAAACAUCUUACACAAUUGCAACAUAGGGAGAGCAAUUUUUAUCCAGUCAGAAAAUCCCCCUCCUCUGAACAUAAGGGACUUUUCUGUUCUGGACAACUUUCUCACCAACUAAAACUAAAGUCUGUAUUUAAACAUAAUUUGGGAGAUAAACGGGAAGCAACAACUUACCAGGAUGAAUGGGUAACUGUCGAUUAUAUUUUUUAUAGUAACGUCGAAACCACGAACAAUAAAGUUAUUGAAAAGAAGUUAAAAGUUAUGUCACGUUAUACAAUUCCUACUGAAGAUCAGCUGAAUAAUGUGAAGAUUCCUAAUUCAGAAAUAGGUUCUGAUCACCUUUUGUUAGCAGCUAAGUUUGUAAUUCAAGAAUAAACUAACACAUAUAUAAUCAGAGUUUAGAAUCAUACUUGUUACAAUUUUAUAAAAGAUUUAGUUUUAUACCAUCUGCAAAAAAGUGUGGAGUGAUUUUCUGUAUUUUGCAGUUUAUAACAAUAACUUAAUAAAUGUGAACUUUUAAAAUUUAUUUUAGCAUCUAACGUAAUGUAAUUUUGAGUAAUAGUAAACAAUUGUGUUCUGAAA